GUAGACGGUCGCGCGAGGCGCUGGUAGCGCGAAAGCGCGAAUUCCUGGUUUCUCUGUUCACAUCGACGUUGACCCAAGUUGAAAUGGCGAACUUGGGGCCGCGGCACGCACAGACCGCGACCUCUCCUCAAGUCUGUAAGCUGUCUUCGCGCUCGCUGACACGUUAGAAGCGUAAUGGCUGCGGUGGUCAAGCCUGAAGACUCCGACCCUGUCCUGCCUGGACCCCUAGGAAGCGUUGCAGUCAAGUCGCCACGCGCCAAGCUUCGUGCCCGCAAGACCUACAAGCCCCAUGAGUGCCCUUACUGCCUGCAGCUUCCAGCCCGCACCUUCUGCUUCUACCACGCUCGCUACUGCCACCUCCGCAGAUGCCGGCAGCGGCAUGAACUAGCUGAGGGCAGUGGCCAGGACUAGUUGAGGGCAGCGGUGCGGACGAGUUGAGGGCAGUGGCCAGAACUAGUUGAGGGCAGCGGCGCGGACGAGUUGAUUGAUAUGCUUGAAAGAACGCAACA